ACACAUACACAUUCAGCUUUUCUCUCUCCCUCUCUGUCACACACACACACAUCCUCCCUCCUCCUCCUCCUCGCUACCUCUCUUCUCUCACACACUCAUGCGCCGUCCCUCCUUUACCUCAUUCUCUCUCCUCUCCUCGGUUCUGGAUCUCCAGCUUCCUCUUCCUCUUCUCCUUGGUGUCUCGGAGACUCAGCACGCUCCAGGAGAGCAGAGGUUCUUGGUCUGGUACAGUUCAGUGGAGUGUUUGUGUAGCUGCUCAGUUCUCCACCGCUUCCUGAAGAUCCACAAUCAUUUUAAGGACUAAAAAAAAACGGCGCUCAUAUUGAACAGACGAGUGUGGAGCAGAUGCUGAGGUGAAACUGGCAGAACUGCACAAAUAUCUCACCACUUUCAACCAAUUUUGAAGAAGAGUGAGGUGAAAAGGUUAGAGGUCAUGAGUCACUUCAUUGGAGAUUGAUGCUAUAAACCUUUAAUGUGGAACUCUUAAGAUGGGGACAUUGUUUUUUGCUUUGUGCCUCUGACAGCGUUGAUUGCCCUAAGGACAUCUAUUUCCUGAAACUGUGUCUUUUUAAUCCUUUGGCUACCUCUUGACUGAGGCCACUUUUUCCUUUUUUAAGCGAUAAUCUCUUCUUUUUGCUCUCAAUCAAAGUAAAUCCAACUCUUACUCAGAAAAAAUGGCCACAAGAACAUUCAGCCUCUCUAAAUCCUCUUCCCAUGCCCUCUCAUUCAUUUUUCUUACCCUAUUUUUCCUCCCACUACCAAUAUUAGUGAGAGGUGACUGCUGGCUUAUUGAGGGCGAUAAAGGCUACGUCUGGUUAGCGAUCUGCAGCCAGAACCAACCACCAUUCGAAACGAUCCCCCAGCACAUUAACAACACUGUGCACGACCUGCGUCUGAAUGACAACAAGCUGAAGGCCAUCUUUUUCAGCUCCAUGAGUCGUUUCACGAACCUCACCGAUCUCAAUCUCACCAAAAAUGAGAUCUCCUACAUUGAGGAUGGUGCCUUUGCAGGACAGGCGAACCUUCAAGUGCUACAACUGGGUUACAACAAGCUAACAAACCUAACAGAAGGGAUGCUUAGAGGCCUGGGAAGAAUGCAGUGCUUGUUUUUGCAGCACAACCUCAUUGAAGUGAUUGCAGCCAAUGCUUUUUGGGAGAGUCCCAAUCUGAGCAGCCUUGACCUGUCCUCCAACAAGCUGGCCAAGCUGGACCAGUCCACAUUCACAGUUCUCGGACGUCUAAUGGUGUGUGAACUGGCAGGGAAUCCUUUUCAUUGUGGCUGUGAGCUAUACAGCUUCCUAAACUGGCUGGAUGCCUUUAAUAAUGUCACACACACCUACGACAGGCUGCAAUGUGAAACCCCUAAGGAACUUUCUGGAUAUCCUUUGCUAAGUCCGGUUGCCAGCCACAUCCGCAAUGCCCAUUCUAUCUUAUCAUCCAUUUGCAAAGAUGGAGUCAUUAUUCCUGGGAUGACCUCCCUGCCUCCAGAUUUGGAUUCUUCUGGAUUAGGUCCAGAUAUCCCGGAUCAGAUGGGACCAUAUCAUCAACCCACAACCUCAUCAACUGCGAUUCCAUCUUACAGCCCUAGCAUCAGGCUUCAUUCUGUUUCACUGUCAUCAGCUUCGUUACUGGUUCAGAUCCCUCGUCCUUACAGCAAGAUGUAUAUCCUGGUACAGUACAACCACAGCUAUGUGUCUGAUAUCAUGAACCUGAAGAAAAAGAAAGAGAUAGUCACACUCAACACACUGAAACCCCACACAGAUUACACCUUUUGUGUAGCCUCAAUUCGUAAUUCACAGAGAUAUAACCACACUUGUUUAAAUUUUGCCACAAGAUCUCCAGGACCUGAUGACCUGCGUGCUGGGCCGUCGACCACCACCCACUACAUAAUGACCAUUCUGGGCUGUCUGUUUGGCAUGGUCAUCGUGUUGGGUUUGGUGUACUACUGCCUACGCAGGCGGCGCAUUCAGGAGGAGAAAGAGAACUCUAUUAGUGUCAAGAAAACUAUCUUAGAAAUGCGGUAUGGCCCUGAGGCAGCAGCCGCAGCUGCCAAAGACCCCUCAGUUUUGCAAAAGCUCCAGGAACAAGUUCACCAUCAGCACUACCACAGCAAGUUGUCCCAGUCCACUUCAUCUAGCAUGGGAAUGCUCCACAGUUCUGCCAACACAAGCUCCUCUCGACUCUCAACACUUCCCCAGACCGACAAGUUGGCCACUGCAUUCUCAGAGGCCGUUACCAGCAGCAAGGGCAACUACAUGGAUGUGAGAGGGGAGGAACGUAUAAAGGAUGGAGCGAUGCCAGUUUUAGAGGGCGAGAUAAGGCGGGAGGUAAAUGGAAUAGAUGCAGGAGAAGAGGACUCUGACGAUGGUGGGCGGGGAUCAACAUCUGAGAUCUCUACCAUUGCAAAGGAGGUGGACAAAGUAAACCAGAUCAUCAACAACUGCAUUGAUGCACUAAAAUUAGACUCUGGAGUUGCAGUCACCACAGCAGAAAAAUCCUCCCCUCCACUUCCACAGUGUAGCACUUCCUCCUCCAGAGGACUCAUCCCACUUUCUCCGACAACGACAGACACAUGCCCAAUCAUGUCUUCUCCUAAAAUCCCCCAUCUACCCCCUGUGCCUCUUGUUAUGCCUCUGUCAGAGAGACCAGGAAUCAGUGGAGGUGGUUUUCUAUCCCCACCCUACAGGGACCCGCCUCCUGUUACAGCAGCACGCCCUCUACAGCGGCAACUGAGUGCUGAUGCAGCUGUUGUUGCUCUCAAUGUGAAGAAUCGCUGUGGUGUUUCCUCCGGAAUGGCCAGUAAGAACACUAGGGUCUUUAGCUUAGAUGUUCCUGAGCCUCGGAGUCCAGAUUCCUGCAAGUUUCCAGAAAAAGGCAGUCCUGUUCGGUGCGGGGAGCCCCUAAAUAGGCUCCCUCUGGUGGGGGUUCAAGGGGGCAAUAAUAGCAGGGGAGAAGGUGGCAACGGGGGAGGAGGGGGAGCCGGUGGUGGCAGUGGUGGUUCGGGUGGAUGUGGUGGUGUAGUUCCAGCUCAACAGCACCUCCUGGAGGUGCACCCAGACUACCACUGCUCAGAGCACCGACACUCCUUCCCCGCUCUCUACUAUGAGGGUGCCGCCGACUCCCCUGCCCAGAAGGCUUCUUUCCUAAAGCCCCUCUCUCGCACCAAGAGGGACACUGCCUAUUCCCAGCUCUCGCCACGGCACCACAACUACUCGGGAUACUCGUCCAGCCCCGAGUACACAUCUGAGACCACCCUGAAGAUCUGGGAGCGUUUUCGUCCUUACAAAAAGAGCCCUCGCCAGGACGCCUACAUAGCGGCCGGGCAUGCGCUUCGGAAGAAAGUGCAGUUUGCGAAAGAUGAGGAUUUGCAUGACAUUCUUGACUUUUGGAAAGGGGUGUCUGCACAGCAGAAACUGUAA